CUUAAAGCUGCAGAUUAGAUGCUUCCGGGUGCCUGAUUCUCUGCAUCGUCAAAAAAACCUGGUUUUUCUUCUCGGAUUUGAGUUUUUUUGCAACUGCAAAGUGGGAAUUUUUCGUGCAACAAGAUUUGGGAUUCUUGAGACUGCAGAGCAACUGGAUUCCUCAAGAUUAGGAAGAGUGCCUUAUUUUUGCAUUGUCCAAAAAACUUGCUUUUCUUCUUUGAUUUGAGUUUCACAACUCUGCAAAUUGGGAAUUUUUCGUGCAACAGAUUUGGGAUUCUUGCUCCAAAUUAUUAACCGGCCAGUCAGCUUUCCGAGGGGCCAAAUUGUCCCAAAAAUCUCAUUUUUUUUCUCGGAUUUGAGUUUUUUCCGCAACUCUGCCAAGUAGAAGAAGGGCAGGGUGGGUAGGAUGAGCUGCGGCCCAGUUUCGAAACCCGCCAGCAUGGAAGACACAGAUGUCUUCAAAGACAUCCAACCAACGGGACAAAUCUCAGAAAGUCAACAGGCUCUGGCCCAGGUAAGUGAGCUGCAGGAAAACCCCAUAUUCUGGGUUUUUUAUUUAUUUUUCAUUUUUUCAUUUAUAUAUUUACUUACUUACUUACUUUUUAUACCACCCUACACCCAAAGGUCUCGGGGCCGUUCACGUAAAAUAUCAAAUACGUAAAAUUGAAAUAAAAACAAUAAUUCAGUAAACACCCCCUGCCUAAUUGGCGCAUAUUGGCCUGAAUACGGUACCGUAUUGGCCUGAAUAUAAGGCACCCUUUAGCUUUUCACAGUUGGGAUUUGGGGGAAAAUAUGAGGCUUAUAUUUGGGACAAUACGGUACAUACUUACUUGGCUCAAUGUCAUUUUUUAUUGUCUCCCUAGUAAAUUAUUGACCAAGGUCAAUAUUUGCUCCUCAGAUCAUUCAAUCUUGGUCUUGACCCCGGGUUCAAGAUGCUUGUUCUUUUUCCUUCGAGAACACUCUGAGGAUAAGAGGGCAAAAGCAGGGUGGAUUUGAUUUGAAUUGAAUUGAUUUAAAUCCCUAGUCCGGGAGACUUGAUAUAAAAUCCUUUUUCAACCUUGCUGUGGCAUCCACUUAAUAUGGACAAUCAGAGGAAGGUUUCCUUUUUGGAAUAAUAAAAUUCUUUUUCUACAGAAAGGUUCAACCUUGCUGGCAUCCUCUUAUAUGGGCAAGCAGAGGAAGAUUUCCUUUGUGGAAUCAUAAAUUUUCAGAGUCAUUUCUACACUUCAUUUAAAAAAAAUUGUUUAACCACAUCAGUUAACAAACAUGGAUGCAUAUGGUACUAUAUUAUUCUUUUACUUAAAUAAAUGGUUAUUAAAGAAAUGGUUAUUUUUCUCCUUCCAAUCAAGUAUGGCAGAAAAGUUGUCCAGAUAUCGGCAGUUAACUUAUUAAACCUCACCGUCAUUUCAUAAUCUUCGCUCUAUGUAUUUCUAAGAGUGGAACCAAAUCAGUAAUUUUUGACAGAAGUGUAAAAACGACUCUGAAAAUUUAUGAUUCCAAAAAGGAAACCUUCCUAUGGUUGCCAAUAUUGAGGAUGGCAGCAAGGUUGAGCCUUUCUGUAAAAAAUGAUUUCAUUAUUCCAAUUAGGAAACAUUCCUCUGCUUGGCCAUAUAAGAAGGUGCCAGCAAGGUUGAACCUUUCUGUAAAAAGGGGGAUUUUAUUAUUCCACUAACUGCCCUUUCUCCUCCAGGCCCCCUUCGAAAUGGACCAGUACCUCUCAGGACAUUUGCCCGCCACCCCCCUGGACGUCGGGCAGAAGUACCGCCGGGAAAGCGCCUCCGUGGUCGACGAAUACUUCUCCGCAGAGAUGCCACCUUCCGCCCAGCUUCGCACGGGCCUCUACCGGCCCCCCAAGCCCCUCGCCCCCUUUGCCCGGGUCAAAUCGGAACCCGGCACCUUCUUGGCCAGGCCCGGCCCAGCCGGGGCAUGGCAGACCCUCCCCGACUUUGGCAGCGCUUUCCACGUCUUCUCCAACCCGGGUCGGAUCUUGGGGUGCCUGUCCCUGGGCACCGGCCUGCCGCCGUCACCACCAAACUCGCAGCCUGGCAGCCCGGAGGUUGCCGAGGGCAUCUCUCAAAGGCAGGACCAGGCUGCCUCGUCGGUGAAAGGACCCCUCCAGGGCCAAAUGCCAACGCUGCAUGGUGGAUUGCGGACCCUCGCCGUGCCGAUCCCCAAGUACAGCCAGAGGAACAACCUGGAGCUGGAGAAGAGAAGGGUCCAUCAUUGUGACUACUCCGGUAGGACCAAUCCUUUUUUACUGAAAGAUUCAGCCUUGCUGGCAUCCCCUGAAUAUUGACAAGGAGAGGAAGGUUUCCUUUUUGGGAUAAUAAAUUCUUUUUUUACAGAAAGGUCCAACCUUGCUGGCAUCCUCUUAAAAUUGACAAGUGGCCUGAAUAUAAGCUGCACUUUCACUUUUCGCAGUCGGAAUUUGGGGAAAAAGUGAGGCUUAUAUUCAGGCUGAUACGGAUUAUUGUUAUUGUUGUUAUUAUUAUUACUACUAUUAUUAUUAUUACUGCCACUGCUAUUACUACUACUACAACAACAAUAAUAAUAAUUUAUUAUUUAUACUCCGCCCAUCUGGCUGAAUUUCCCCAGCCACUCUGGGUGGCCCCCAAUCAAGUGUUAAAAACAAUACAGCAUUAUAUUAAAAACUUCCCUAAAACAGGGCUGCCUUCAGAUGUCUUCUAAAGAUAGAAUAGCUGCUUAUUUCCUUCACAUCUGAAGGGAGGGUGUUCCACAGGGUGGGCGCCACUACCGAGAAGGCUCUCUGUUUGGUUCCCUGUAACCUCACUUCUCACAGAGGGAACCGUCAGAAGGCCCUCGGAGCUGGACCUCCGUGUCCAGGCUGAACGAUGGGGGUGGAGAUGCUCCUUCAGAUAUACUGGACCGAGGCUGUUUAGGGCUUGAAAGGUCAGCACCAACACUUUGAAUUGUGCUCAGAAACAUACUGGGAGCCAAUGCAGAUCUCUCAGGACCAGUGUUAUGUGGUCCUGGUGGCCACUCCAAGUCCCCAGUCUAGCUGCCGCAUUCUGGAUUAAUUCCAGUUUCUGGGUCACCUUCAAAGGUAGCUCCACAUAGAGCGCAUUGCAGUAGUCCAAGCGAGAGGUAACUAGAGCAUGCACCACUCUGGUGAGACAGUCUGGAGGCAGAUAGGGUCUCAGCCUGCGUACCAGGUGGAGCUGGUAGACAGCUGCCCUGGACACAGAAUUGACCGUCUCCUGUGAGUCCAAAAUGACUCCCAGGCUGCACACCUGGUCCUUCAGGGGCACAGUUACCCCAUUCAGGACCAGGGAGUCCCCCACACCCACCCGUCUCCUGUCCCCCAAAAACAGUACUUCUGUCUUGUCAGGAUUCAACCUCAAUCUGUUAGCCGCCAUCCAUCCUCCAACCGCCUCCAGGCACUCACACAGGACCUUCACUGGUUCUGAUUUAAGAGAGAGGUAGAGCUGGGUGUCAUCUGCAUACUGAUGAACACCCAGCCCAAACCCCCUGAUGAUCUCUCCCAGCGGUUUCAUAUAGAUGUUAAAAAGCAUGGGGGAGAGGACAGAACCCUGAGGCACCCCACAGGUGAGGGACCAGGGGUCUGAACACUCAUCCCCCACCACCACUUUCUGAACACUGCCCAGGAGGAAGGAGCGAAACCACUGUAUAACAGUGCCCCCAGCUCCCAGCCCCUCUAGACGGUCCAGAAGGAUGUUAUGGUCAAUGGUAUCCAAAGCCGCUUAGAGAUCCAGCAGAACUAGGAAACAGCUCUCACCUUUGUUCCUAGCCCACCGGAGAUCUUCGACCAGCGCGACCAACGCAGUUUCAGUCCCAUGAUGAGGCCUGAAUCCCGACUGGAAGGGAUCCAAAUGGUCCGCAUCCUCCAGGUGUGCUUGGAGUUGUUCAGCAACCACCCGCUCAAUCAGCUUGCCCAAGACUGGAAGAUUUGAGACUGGGCGAUAGUUGGCCAUAUUGGCCGGGUCUAAAGAUGUUUUUUGAAGAAGCGGUUUGAUGACCGCCUCUUUCAGCGGGUCUGGGAAGGCUCCCUCACAGAGAGAAGCUUUCACCACCCUGCGAAGCCCGUCUCCCAGCCCUUCUUGGCUACCUUUUAUAAGCCAGGAUGGGCAAGGAUCAAGGAGACAGGUGGUUGGUUUCACUCGUCCAAGCAGCCUGGUCACAUCCUUGGAGGUAACAGAUUGGAAUUAAUCCCACGCAACUUGAUUAGACAGGACUCUAGCACUCUCUCGCCCUGGCUCUGCUCCCACGAUGGAGUCUCCUCCUUCUGAAUCUGAGCGACUUUAUCUGCAAAAAAAAAACUUUGCAAAAGUGUUGCAGGAGAUCUUGGGGUCCCUACCAGGCCCCGGUGGUGCAGGUGGUUCCAAUAAGAUUGCGAACCACGUGAAAGAGUCUCCUGCUGCUGUUUACUGCAGAUGCAAUAGAGGUGGUGAAAAAGGCCCACUACUACUACUACUACUACUACUACUACUACUAUUUCACCCCACCAAUUCAUCCCGAUCUCUUCACAGGUUGCACAAAGGUUUACACCAAAAGUUCUCACCUGAAAGCACAUCAGAGAACUCACACAGGUAUGUGGUUGGCUGCGGCUAAACCUGAGGGCGGCGAGAUGUGCUUGUAAGGGAGAUGAUUGGGGUGGAAUUAGAAAUGUCCCCCGCCCCCUGGUGGAUUUGAUUUAAAUGCAGUCAUUUUAAAUCACCAUUUAAAUCCCUGGUCAGUAAGAAUCAAUUUAAAUCCUUUUUUACAGAAAGGUGCAGCCUUGCUGGUAUCCUAAUAUGGACAGCUGGAGAAAGGUUUUCAUUUUGGAAUGAUUAAAUUACUUUUUUUUAGUUCAACCUUGCUGGAAUCCUCUUAAUAUUGACAAACGGAGGGAGCUUUCAUUUUUGGAAUAAUAAAUUUUCAGAGUAGUUUUUUACAGUUAUAUCCUGGGUAGAUUUGAUUUAAAUCAAAUUGAUUUAAAUUUUGAUUUAAAUCACAAUUUAAACCCCUAGUCAGUAAGACUUGAAUUAAGUCCUUUUCCUUACAGUAACACUGUAAAAACUACUCUGAAAAUUUAUUAUUCCAAAAAAGAAACCUUCCUCCACUUGUCCAUAUUAAGUGGCUGAACCUUUCUGUAAAAAAAUGAUUUUAUUAUUCCAAAAAUUAAACCUCCCUCUGCUUGUCCACAUUAAGAAGAUACCAACAAGGAUGAACCUCUCAGUAAAAAAAGGAUUUCAAUCAAGUCUUACGGACUAGGGAUUUCAAUCGCCAUCCAUCCUCCAACCACCUCCAGGCAUACCCAGCACCUUCGCUGUUUCCGAUUUCUGGGUGCCAUUCGAACCCGCAGCCCCAACCCCUGGGCAUCUGCUACGAAAAUGAGCCCUGGGAGGAGAAAGGCUGGGCAGAUGUUUCUAACGCCGCUCCUUUUCCUUCUUUCUUCUGCCCCCUUUCCAGGCGAGAAGCCAUAUCGGUGCACUUGGGACGGGUGUGAAUGGUGCUUUGCCCGAUCUGACGAGCUGACACGCCACUACCGGAAACACACGGGUGCCAAACCCUUUGGGUGCCUCGCCUGUGGGCGAUGUUUUUCUCGAUCGGACCACUUGGCGCUGCACAUGAAAAGGCACCAGAACUAAAGAUGGAGGCCCCCAGCCAAAGAGCCGCAUUGUCCAUAUUAAGAGGAUGUCAGCAAGGCUGAACCUUUUUGUAAAAAAUGGGAUUUUAUUAUUCCAAAAAAGAAACCUUCCUCCGCUUGUCCAUAUUAAGAGGAUGUCAGCAAGGCUGAACCUUUCUGUAAAAAAGGGAAAAGGAAACCUUUGGUGCUCAAACACCCUGUAAGAGUGCCCCAUCUACUUGGUUUCCCCUCCGACCCAUUUUUGAUUUUGUUUUAUACAUUUUGAAUGUUUUGCUUAAAUACCAUCUGUCAUUGUGUUAAAUUUUGUGUUAAAUGCCAUCUGUUAAACAUCUUUAUCCCAUUUUCCUUUAUCGCCUCGCAAGCCGCAAAUCUCCAACUCUCCAUCCAUAAUUUCCCCCAUGAUGAUAAUCGAAUCAUUUUACUACCGAUAUCCAUAGCCUAUUGGAUCAUUACCUCUUUUACAUCCCAUUGCAAUAAAAUUCCAUAUAUUUU